AUGACUGAACAUGGUUACAGCAUCAGCAACAGCAUACACUCCACUAUGGCUGCCACACCGGAGGAGUUGUUGGGCCUCGCCGAGCCUGCACCACUGUCCCCCUCCGUCUUCCUCGACCUUCCUCCGACGACCCAUGGUGACUCACAGAAUGACAUGGCCCUGGAAUACAUUUCGCGCAUGCUCACGGAGGAGGACAUCGUCGACAAGUUCUUCUACCACUACCCUGACCACCCGAAGCUCCUGCAGGCGGAGCAGCCCUUCGCCGAGAUCCUCGCCAACACCUCACCCGCCGCCGACCAGGAGUCCUUUGCCGACUCCACCUCCAUCUUGAUGCCCAGCCAAGGAAAUGACACAGACGUCAUGGUUUCUGGGUACCAGGUACAGGAUCCAGCCUUCUUCUUGAAUGACACAGGCACGGUGGAGCCCAAUGGUAUGGUGGUGUUUCCCAGCGAGAGCAGCACCAGCAUGGAAUUCUUCAAAGGCAUGGAGGAGGCCAACAGGUUCUUGCCCGCAGACAAUGUGAUGGUGGAUGGUAGGGGGCGUAAGAAGAGACCUGGCAUGGAUGGUGAGACGGAGGCAGGCUUGGGCAGGAGCAGCAAGCAAAUAAUGGUGGUGCUGCAUAGUGCCACUGCCUUGGAGGAGGAGGAGGAGGAGGAGGAGGCGGAAGCCACCGCGUUGGAGAUGUUGGACCGGCUCAUCCUCAACGGCUGCGAAGCGUGCCCGAGCGAGAUGCAGGAGGUAGUACGUGUCACCUGGGAAGACAAGGAGGACAAGGCAGCACGGCAGAGCAUCUCCAGGCGUGGGAGGCGCGGGGCGAGGCACACGGUGGUGACUGACCUAGAGACUCUGCUGGUCCGCUGUGCAGAAGCAGUGGCCAGCAACGACGUGUGCGGCGCGAGCAAGCUGCUGGAGCGGAUCAAGUAUCACUCAUCGCCGACAGGGGACGCCAGGCAGCGGCUGGCGCACUACUUCGCCCAGGGGCUGGAGGCACGGCUGGCUGGCACGGGGAGCCGACUGUACCGAUCGCUCAUGGGGAAGCGCACCUCAGCCCUGGAGCUCAUCAGGGCCUACCAUGUGCACACGGCCGCGAGCUGUUCGAUCAAGGUGGGGUUGCUCUUCUCCACCCACACCAUCUACAAGGCCGUUGUAGGGAGGAGGAAACUGCACAUUGUGCACUACGGCAUCAGCACCGGGAUUCAGUGGCCGGACUUGCUCCGGUUACUGGCGAAUAGGGAGGGUGGGCCACCACAAGUGAAGAUCACCGGCAUCAACACCCCUCAGCCCGGGCCCUGUCCGGCUGCUCUAAUGGAGGAGGCAGGGCACCGGCUCAACAAUUACGCGAGCCAGUUCGGCGUGCCAUUCGAGUUCCGCGCCAUCGCAUCCAAGCUUGAGGAUGUCCGGGCUGAGGACCUGCACAUCAAUCCAGAUGAGGUCCUGGUGGUGAGCAGCCUAUACGAGUUCAGGACCUUGAUGGACGAGAGCCUCACCUCUGACAUGCUAAGCCCAAGGGACAUGGUACUCAACACUAUCAGGAAGAUGAGGCCGUCUGUGUUCGUCAGUUCCGUCGUCAAUGGACCAUACAGCGCGGCCUUCUUUAUGACGCGGUUCCGCCAUGCGCUCUACUACUUCACGGCGUUGUUCGAUGUCAUGGAGACCACCAUUCCACGGGACAGCGACAAGAGACUUCUGGUGGAGCGGGACAUAUUUGCACGGUCCGCCAUAAACAGGAUCGCAUGCGAAGGCGCAGACCGGGUGGAGCGCCCUCAGAACUACAAGGAGUGGCAGACGCGGAACCAGCGAGCGGGGCUAAGGCAGCUGCCAUUGGACCCUGAUAUCGUUCUGAUGCUCAAGGACGAAGUGAAGAAUCGGUACCACAAGCAUUUCAUGAUCUGCGAGGAUCACCGGUGGCUUCUGCAAGGAUGGAAAGGCCGGGUGCUCUAUGCCCACUCCACAUGGGCAGCGGGUGAUCCUACUGGUUCUCUAGUGUGA